AUUGAUUUUUGGUUGCACGAAAAAAUACGAACAAUUAAUUGAUUUUUAAAAAAUCUGAUCUAUUUCAUACUUUACAAUUAACUUUGAUUAGAGUAAAAAUUAGGAAUUUGUAAAAGAAAAUUAAUACAAAAAACAAUAAAACCUCACUUAUUUUUAAAAUAGAAAAAUAUUCUAAUACGUACACUUUACUCAAAACAAUCUCACGCCGCCUAUAGUUUCAUACCCCCAAAAAAAAUUAGAUUAGUAUAUAAAAAUAUACAUAUAUACAUAAAGAUAUCUAUCAAAUAAAAGCAAACCUGUCCCUUCAAUCCAAAGCCUUCACCAAUCUCAUAAAAAAAAAGAGAAACUCAUUUCUCAUGAUCGACUCUUCCUCUACACUUCUUCUUCUCAUCUUCUCAUCACAACACUCAAACGUGAACAAUAACUCCACCAAUAUCGAAAAUGGUAACACCAACACUCUAUCUUCCCUUUCUUCAACUAAUAAUAAUCGUAUUAUUCCUCUUCCUUCCUUCUCAUCUAGAGGGUUCGACUUCUUCUACUACUACUACUACUACUCAAGAAGCUCUCAACGAAUCCUCAAGGCUUCUUGAUCUCAUUAUAAGAGACUACACUCUCAACUUCUUCAAGAACCAACGUUAUUCAAUCAAGACCGGUGUUCCACGGCGUGUUCAUCUCCCGUCUAACUACUCCGGCAUAAAACUUGACGCCGUUAGGUUCCGGUGUGGGAGUCUCCGGCGAUACGGAGCUCAAAUCGAAGAGUUCCAUAUUGGCGUUGGAGCAAUUCUUGAGCCGUGUGGUGAGCGUCUUUUGGUUGUGAGACAAAGCUUGGGAUCAAACUGGUCCGAUAUAUAUUACAAAAACUAUGAUCUCUCUGGUUAUAGACUCGUGUCUCCGGUUCUAGGGCUCUUAGCUUAUAACGCGUUAAAUGACGUAGUUUUAGGGAAUAAUGUGAGCAGCUCUUAUCAGAUAAGUCUCCUCCUUGCCGGUGCUAAAGAUCCAUCGACCGUUGAUUUUGGGAACGUUUCUGGACCGUCGGUGGUGGAGAGAACGUUCUUGAAUAAGCCAAUGUGCGCUACUUUCGAGCUCGACGGAAAAGUAACGCUUGCCGGAGAAGUGAAACCGUUUGUGUGCGCCGUUAAAACCAACGGACAUUUUGGUUUAGUGGUAACGGAUGAUCCAAAAUCGAAUGGUGGAGGCGAGAAGGAGAUGAAGAAGGAGAAGAUCGGACGGUGGAGAAAGGUUGUUGGAGGGCUUGUUGGGUCUGUGACGGUGGGGGUGGUGCUUUUAGGGCUGGUGGUGGCGGCUGCGGUGGUGGCGGCGAAGAAGAGGCGGAGAAGGGAGAAAAGGGAAGAAAUGGAGAGAAAAGCUUAUGAAGAAGAAGCUCUUAGAGUAGUGUCAAUGGUGGGGCAUUCUAGGGCUUUCGUUGCUUCUGCUACAAGGACUUCUCCACGUUUCAUGGAACAUGAGUUUGUUCCUAAUUAAUUAAUUAUAUUCACGUGUUAUUCCGUUUUUGUGGAUUUUUUUUAUAUUUUUUCAAUUAUUUUUUCCUUUUAUAAAACAAGUUUUAAUUUAUUUUAAAAUGUAUGUUGUUGGGAGUUUUGGGACAUA